UUGAUUAUAGUUGUAGCUUGUGUGUGUGUUGUGUAGAAGCAGAAAACGGACGUUUUAUAUUUUAAGUGCUUGUUUAUGCAGCACGACAAUUGCGCGUCAACUGCAAUUUAAGAACAAAAAAAAAAAAAACACUUGGUAUUCAAAUAAAUUGUAGUUCUUGCUGUAAUAGUCAUGGCCGAAGUGCGACGCAGAAAGGCAGAAAACGAGGCUGACGAUGCUGCUGCUGCUGCAGCCGCAAGCAGCGCAGCUGAUUCUUCUGAUCAUGUCGAUUCGGAGGAGGAGAAAAUACCAGAGGAGAAGUUCGUUGAGGAGCUGGCCAAGAAUUUGCCCCAAGGCACCGACAAAACGCCCGAGCUAUUGGAUUCGGCUCUCAAGGAUUUGCCCGAUCGAUGGAAGAACUGGGUCAUUCGCGGCAUAUUCACAUGGAUUAUGAUUUGUGGAUUUGCAUUAAUCAUCUACGGCGGCCCCUUGGCCUUGAUGAUUACGACGCUGCUCGUGCAGGUGAAGUGCUUUCAGGAGAUUAUCUCAAUUGGCUAUCAAGUGUAUCGCAUACACGGCCUGCCCUGGUUUCGCAGUCUGUCCUGGUACUUCUUGCUUACCUCCAACUAUUUCUUUUAUGGCGAACAUCUAGUUGAUUACUUUGGCGUAGUCAUCAACCGUGUGGAAUACCUGAAGUUCUUAGUCACCUAUCAUCGUUUUCUAUCGUUCGCACUGUAUAUCGUUGGCUUUGUUUGGUUCGUGCUCUCGCUGGUGAAGAAAUAUUAUAUCAAGCAGUUCAGCCUAUUUGCCUGGACGCACGUCUCGCUGCUAAUUGUCGUCACACAGAGCUAUCUGAUUAUACAGAAUAUAUUCGAGGGGCUUAUUUGGUUUAUAGUGCCCGUUUCGAUGAUUGUUUGCAAUGAUGUCAUGGCAUAUGUUUUUGGUUUCUUCUUUGGACGCACGCCUCUCAUCAAGCUUAGCCCCAAGAAGACCUGGGAGGGCUUCAUCGGUGGUGGGUUUGCCACCGUUCUCUUUGGCAUACUAUUCUCAUAUAUUUUGUGCAACUACCAAUACUUUAUCUGCCCCAUCCAAUAUUCCGAGGAACUGGGUCGAAUGACAAUGUCCUGUGUGCCAAGCUAUCUGUUUACACCACAGGAGUACAGCCUGAAAUUGUUUGGCCUUGGAAAAACAUUGAAUAUUUAUCCAUUCAUAUGGCACUCAAUCUCGCUGAGCAUGUUCAGCUCCAUAAUUGGACCCUUUGGCGGCUUCUUUGCCUCUGGCUUCAAACGCGCAUUUAAAAUUAAGGACUUUGGUGACAUGAUUCCUGGCCAUGGCGGCAUUAUGGAUCGUUUCGACUGUCAGUUUUUGAUGGCCACCUUUGUCAACGUUUACAUCUCAAGUUUCAUUAGAACUCCAUCGCCGUCAAAACUCUUGACGCAGAUUUACAAUUUAAAACCGGAUCAACAAUACCAAAUUUAUCAAUCGCUUAAGGACUCACUUGGCGACAUGCUUAAUUAAAAUAUUAGACAACAA